AUGGCAGAAGAAUUUCCUGUAGAAGUCAAUUCUACACAGCCUCCUCCAUUUUUGGACGUUGUAUGCAAAAGUUCCGGUAAGAAAAGCCGGUUUGCGGCCGGAACUAAGGCUGGAUUUGCAGUCUCAUUGAUAAAUAGAAAGUUGGGUAUUGGAGCUCCUCUUUCUUUGCAUAUAGAAGCAGUCAAAGAAGGGGAGGAGCCCAUUAGUUUUGGACCUGAUGCUGUUCUUGUGGGUUAUGGCAAUGGUUGGCUGUUGCAAACAGUUACUGAAGUGGAUUUUCCUGGUACCAGAAAAGAGGAAGGUGUCGAAGGGAUUUCAACACAGAUCCCUAAUGUAAAGAACUUUGAUGGCUUUCAUCAUCCUACCAAGGGGGCUUCAAAACCAGGGAUCAGUUAUCUUUACAUUGCAAAAAUUGUAUUUGCUUUUAUUUUGAUGUUUGUGUUGGCUGCCAUUUUCAUGUUGGCUCUUGAUAGUCUUCCUACACUCAUUUUGUUUAUCAACUCGUCCAUGUAA